AUUGUUGUCGAUCCAUUCUCCACCCUUCUCUCUCUAAACUCCUUUAUAGGAGUUCACCCUUCGCCCCCUUUCUCUCUUUCUCCACAUCGCAAGUCUCCCACAUCAGAAUCCCCUCCUCCCCUACCUUUCCUCUUGCUACUGCGAGUCUGUGCACAAGCAGCAGCAGGGGUUGCUAAACUAAGAAGCCACUGGCGUGCUGCUGCUGCCGUCUGAUCAUGGAGUUGGUCCAGUAAUCACUGCUCCAGAAUUGAAGCUGGUCUCAUUACUCUCCUCUCGCUGCAACAAUCUUCUACUUGGUAGAGAGACACGGCCACUGCGAGGCACAUGGAGGACGGCAUGGGUGACCUGUUCGAUCACAUUGAAGACUUGCUCGAUUUCCCCGACGACGUGCUGGGGCUGGCGGAGCCCUGCGGCCACAACGGGGGUCUUCUUCUACCUUCCCUUCCUGUGCCCGCUGCCAACGGGCUUCCAGGUGGCGUUGGAGACGACGCGCUCCACGGCUUCACCACCCGAAGCAACAACAAGUUCAGCGGGGAGGAGCACAAACUCGGCUCAUGUGAUGAGCUUGACAUCGUGCAGCUUGAAUGGAUGUCCAAAUUCCUCGACGACUCUGAUUCCUUCUCCCUCGACCUCCCGAGCUGCGACGGCAUCAACAACAAUGCCAAUGGCGAAGACAACGGUGUCCAAACAAAAGCCAGAGGCCACCACUCUUUCUUCCGCACCUCCAGCCCGGUCUCCGUCCUUGAAGCGGACACCAUGGGCGGCGGAGGCGGCGGCGACUCCUACUCCUCUUCCUCUUCCUCUUCCUCGACUUCGGCUUCGUACUCUAACCGCGGCAACGAUACAACAAUACUGCUUCCUCCUCUCAGUCCGCCGGAGCCGCCUUCGGUUUUGGUGGUUCCCGCCCGCGCACGCAGCAAGCGCCCGCGUCCUGCCACCUUCUCGCCUCGUCACCACGUCGCCGCCCCCUACCUGCCACCAUCCUCAGACGCGGUCCCCGUCCCCAACCCGCUCUCCGCAGCCACCUCCUCAGACCCCGAGAGCAUCGGCGAGACCUGCCCCGCGCCUCCUCCCCCGAAGAAGAAGAAGAGCAAGAAGAAGAGCCCGGCCACGGCCGCGACCGCCGACGGCGAGGAAUCGGGGCCGCCUCCCCCGGUGAGGAAGUGCAUGCACUGCGAGAUACAGAAGACCCCGCAGUGGAGAGCCGGCCCAAUGGGGCCCAAGACUCUCUGCAACGCCUGCGGCGUCCGGUACAAGUCCGGGCGGCUCUUCCCGGAGUACCGCCCCGCCGCCAGUCCCACCUUCGUCCCAUCCAUCCACUCCAACUCCCACAAGAAGGUGGUCGAAAUGCGCAUCAAUGCGAGCCAGAAGUGCGCCACCGAGGGCGCUGCCACAUCCUCCUCCUCCGACGGCUGCGAUCUCCUCGAGUACAUUCGCCGGCGGGAGUGAGAAGACGAAGACGAAGUCGAAGGAGAAUAAACAUGUUUGGCGUUCCUUGUGUUCCCCUGUUUUAGAAGUCAACCUGGUGGUUUCUGAUAUCACUCAUGUUGUUAUCUUUCCCCUUAAAAUUUUGUACAGAGGAGCGAGAGGAGGAGGAGGAGGAGGCUGGGGAGGGGAAAGAUACAAAGUUUAGAGAAGCCAUAGGCAAACUACUAUAGGUAGGAUGUAGUCUACAGAGAAGAAAAUGCAAGACAAUUAGUUGUUUUGUUAGAUUCCAAGAGAGAGAGAGAGAGAGAGAGAGGUGGCUACUGAUGGGGAGUCUAGUUUGAUUGUUGGAGCUUGGUGUAUUGAAUACAUUUUGCAGUUGCAGUUUAUUGAUUGAUGUUUA